AUGAGUUCAGAUACUAUUUCCGUCAUGAGACACAACAAUUCGUGUGGUAAAACUUUGUUAGACAACUGGGUUGAAGAGGUAAGUAUGUCACUUGGGCAAUGUUUUAAUACAGUUUAAUAGCAUCUGCAGUACAUGUCUAGAGACUUUUAGGCCUAAUUUUCCCCUGAAUUUACCUUAAAUUGUGUCACUCAUUGCUUCCUGCAGAGACAAUGUGAGCAGUUUGAUAAAUCAGGUGAAAUCAAUGUUUCCGAGCUUCAUAAACAGGGGCACAAGGUAGAGUAUGGAAUAUUUUGUUAACCAGCUGAGAUCAGCGGGCUCUAUUAUUAUUUUUUCUUUCGUUUCGCUUGUUUAUAGAGAAACCAUGACAUGAAGGAAUGUAUAAGAGCUGUCAAAAUAUUAGGCCUGACCUCAGUUGGAGUCAAUUCCGGGUACACACAUGCCCCCCCCCCCCCCCCCCCCGGCCAACCCCCCGAGGUGUUGGCAUUUUUUUUUUUUGCUUUCUUUUUUGCCUUGGAUGGCACAGGAUGCUUGCAUCACAAGUCCUAACACUUAAGCAAUAGAAAACGUUUUCCGUGUUUGCAUAGCCUGAUAUAAACACGAGAGGGGUUGGGUAUUCGAGACAGUUAUGCAAACCCGAGACGAAGUCGAGGGUUUGCAUAACUGUCGAGAAUUCUCUCAAUGCCUCGAGGGUUUAUAUCAGGCUAUGCAAACACAGGAAAAAAGUUUUCUAUUGCUUUUAUAAAAUAAGUUUCCCGAGAAAAAACGCAAAACUCUUUGUAUGGCAAUGAUUAAAAGAGAAAUUCUAAUACCGUAUUUAUUCGAUUAACCGCCCUGGGCGCUUAUUAAAUUUUUGGACCUUGAGAGUGGGCGCUUAUUCGAGGUGGGCGCUUAUUCGAGGCUGGGCGCUUAUUAAAUUUUCACCAUUUUCAGCAAGUGAAGUAUGCUUAUUUUGCAACAAAACACCCAACAAAACAAUAAAAGCUAAUAACAAAACGCGAAGAAGUAACGAAGCAAGGUUUCUGUAAAAUACUCUCAAGAAAACUCCGUCCUCGGGAAAGUCUCUUAUUAGAAUUUAUUCACUCAAGUGGGUGAGGUGGGGGUGAGCGCUUAUUUGAGUUCGAUUGGGAGGAGGAGGGGGUGGGCGCUUAUUCGAGGCUGGGCGCUUAUUAACUUUUUCUGCCAUUAGGAUGGGCGCUUAUUCGAGGUGGGCGCUAAUUCGAGGUUGGGCGCUUAUUCGAAUAAAUACGGUACCAGUCGCAAAGUCUUGUCCACGAAGUCUUGCACGGGUAAUCAGUUCUUGGUUUGCAAAUAGAUGCUUUCCAAAAUACAGAUUUUUCUCGCUUAAAAUGUCAGCUUAUUAAAAGCAAAAAAAAAUUGACACACUUUCUUUGUAACGAUUUUCCAUGUUUCAGCCGACGAAGGACACCUUGUUGAAUUUUGAACUUGAAAACUUUUUCAAAUUCGUGCUUGGGUGAUUGAUGCGCGAAAAGCCAAACAACUUGACGCCACAACCAUGUUUACAUACUCUCAUGCAAACACUCCUCUUAGCCAAUCGGAGCGCGUGUACUGUCUUAGUUAUUUUAUAGAACAUAAUUUGUGCUGCUCUGUUUGAUUGACGUGUUAAUGUCGCAAUUUUUUAGGUACACUUAAAGUAUAAGGUUAACUUCGCAAUUGCUAAUUUCUGAUGCAAAUUAAAAGCUUGUAUACCAAUUUUCCAUGCUACAAGAGUUGAGAUCUGUCAAAGACACUGCUCUCUGGUUAAAUAAAAGGUGAGCAAAGUGGAGAACAUUUCUGGCAUCAGCAUUUGCAAGAAAGUGAAAGCUGCUCUUUGAUUGGCUGUAUUCUGGGAAAGGAAUGUACAUCCAAUUGAAGCAGCCACAUGGACCGGGAGCACUGCGUGACUCCUGCCUGAGCAGCUGUGAAGGAGACCAGAGUUUUGUAGAAGUGCCUAGCUUACACGCUGAUUUCCUUGUUGACACUUUAUUUAAAACAUGACGAGGCCCGUGCUCUUUGGACCUUAUGGAGGGGAGACAUUUGUGGAUUUGGCGCAGCUUUUAGCUGCCAUGAGGGUUGUUGCAGCACUUUUGAGGUUCAUCUUUGGACAUAACCUGUUUCAGGAAUCCAGAUAAUUGCAAUGUUGCAAACAACAGUGAGCAGAUUUGUUUUUGUGUUGUGGACUAUCUACCAGUUGAUGGUCAGUGGAAUAAUGAUUUUGCUUUAUUAAUCCUCAAUGCAGGGUAUCCUUACAACAGAUUUUGAUGCCAAGCCAGAAGGGUUAUCCACUGUUAGAGAUUCAUACAGAAAACCACAGACACUUGGAGUGCGGCAGGUUGGUUUGCGGCAACAACUUCUUCAGGAAGAGCUCAUUAGACAAGUCAGGUAAAUAAUAAAUUAAUUGUGACUGGGCCAUUUGAGGCUUCGCAGGUGAUCUUCACUAGCAAAUGGUAGGAGUGGCCAAUUUUGCCCAAACAAUUGGGGUGCCUGAAAGAUCAACUUUCAUCCGAUAGUUGAAAUUUUAGAACCUUUGUGUAAGGGUUCCUUUGAGUCUCAGUAUUUGAGCUUUGUGCUGGGCUAUUACAGUCUUACAUUUUUAAGCGAGCAACUUCUCAAUCACUUAUUACAUUUUACUGGAAAUCAAAAAUUGAUGUCCCUGGAACGUAAUUGAUUUUUGAUUUCCAGUGAGUCAGGGAACAAAAUAAUUAGGAUUAGGAAACUUUGAUUGCAUAAUUAAAGGGGUCUAGAGCAAUUAUUACCAUGCCAAAAGUUCAUUAAACAGUCUGUGUAGUCAGUGCAGGAUGAAAAAGACCUGAUGUGAAAGCAAUUCAGGUGAAAAGCUUAAAUAAAGAAAUCCACCAGGGAUGUAACUUGAUUAUAUUUGUGUAUGCUUUUCUCUCUCUAGUGCUGAAGUGGAUCAAGAAUUCAACCCUCCACCUCCUACAAUAGAAUAUCUCUCAACAACCAAAAAGGAUUUCUCGAAAGGUAAGUGUGGUUUUUACUGGAAUUUGGGUGUAAGGGGUUUUGAGUAUAUGAGUUUGUUUCGAAUAGGGCCUUUUUAUAGACUUUAAUUUUUUCAGAAGGUAUAGAGUUAUCUUUUGUCCUUUGUACAUGUUAAACAAGGAUCUCCUCAGUUAGGCCAAUAGGAAAAUACAUCAGAUAGAUCAAAUUUAUGAUCUUGGAAAGUUUGUUUCAUUGACUCCACCUUCAAGAUUGGAGUGUAUAGAAACACACUCAAAGAGAAUUGAAUUAGAUGUCAGGACCACAAAUUCUUUUAGAUUUCUACCACAUACCGAAGGUACUCUGUAGUCCAGCAAGAAGACUAGAUUUUUUUUUCAUAUAUUUAUUGUUAUGUGCAAAGGAGCCAAACUCCUUCCCAGGAUUCUCUUCCACUCACCCUUACUUCAUGGGAUAAUAGUGAGAAAGAAACCUGGGAACAAGGUUGCAAUGGAGCUUUGAACAACAAAGUGAAUGUAAUAUUGGUUCUGAGCUUAGGAUUUUGAAACUCUUAAUGUUAUCUAAACCUUGGCGACUGUUUUCCAAGACACAAAUUUUAAAAGUUGGAUAGUUAUGAAUGUUUUAUACAUUCACAAAUUAUAAGUGCAAUGUAACCCCAGUAAUAUGACGACUGUGGGGCGAUAAAUCCUGGUCACAAUAACAAGGUGAUCAUAGUUAAACAGGGUCUUUGAAAUAACAAAUGAUAAAUCAGUGUUUUUUUUUGUUUGGAUCAAAAGAAUUUAAUAGUCAGAAAAAUCAGGUGCGAGUAACAUGGGGUUCCACUGUUCUUCUUUGAAAAAUAUCAAGACAAUGUCCAGUGAGCCAGUGUGAGUGCUUUUCCACCAUCUGUACCAUCACUAUUUGUUAAUAUCACACAAGUCAAUAGAAGUUUUGAUUUCAAGUCAAGCAAAGUGUGGGACAUAAAAUCUGUUUUCUGGUAUUAAAAUUAUGUUUGAUAGCUGUGGACUAUUGAAUUAAAAUAUAUGUAUAUUGAUCUUUUCCAAAUGAAUAAUUUACUCAUGCACUGUAUUAUUGCAGAAUUUACUCCAAUUGUCAAGGCACCAACAAGGGUGAGCAUAAAUAAUAUCAUUUGUAUGAAAAUUUAAAGUAGCAAAGAGGUAAGCACUAAAUGUCCUAGUGGAGAGGAUAAUCCCAAAAAGCUUUCUUUCCUAAACUGACCACGUUAUGGCAAGUUUAUUAAUUAUUUUAUUUGCCACUCUAACUCUAAACUCUUUUGCAUAAUUCCAUGGGAUGCUCUCAUUUGGCCAGACCAACAGAGACCUGUGGAACGUUGUUGGAAUAAAAGAAAUCCUGUUUACAAUACAGUUAUUCUUAGAGAAGCGGAACUCAACGUCAAAGAGGACCACCUCUGUAGAUGGACCACUUUUUCCACAAAAAAACGUUUCAAUUACAUGUAUGUUUCAACCAGAUUAAAGCUGGGCUUUUUUGACCAGGGUUGCAGAGAAAGCUCGGCCGUGGAAGUAACAAGGCCAGAAAGGCCACGCUUUGGUGGCCAAGGUUGCCAAGAAAGCUUGGCUGUGGCCAUACUUGCCAGGCUUUACCAGGCCGCAUUUUCCCGGUAAGCCUGGCCAAAAACCCGGAAAGCCUGGCCGUGUUUUCGGCCGGGCUCCUGAUGCAAGGGAACGUUCAGAAAUUUUGGCAUAUUCCAAAGCACGCAUGGUGUUACUAUUCAAUUGAAACCUCUUUGAAAAUGUGUUUAUGUUAAAUCUAAAACGAAAAUAUAAUUGGCAUCCAAACGUCUAUGUCGGCAUGUAACAUGUAUUCCGGGAAUAAUUCUAACACCAUGCGUCAUCUUGGAUUUCAAGUAGGUGUGUUGUAUGGUCCCUUCUGAACGGUAGUGUCCACAUAGUUUACUCUGAGAGAGACUAGAUGUUUCUAUACUAUCUGCUAGCAUCAUUUUCAUUUUGUAGUUAAAAAAACCUAUUGACUAACUUUUUGGAAUUGGUAACCUUAAGUAGCUCCUGGAAAAAAAGCUAAUUUCAUGCCUUGCUUUAUUGUGUUGUUUUACAGGAACAUGAUGUUAAAACUGAACAACCUGCAACCUUUUGGCUUGAGCGAGCUGAAGAAGUGCACGUACGUUUGAACCGUUGUUAGUUUCAGUGAAUUCCAGUACAUGUAUUAUAUGAAAGUCAGUUCUAAAUUAUGCCCGGAUGACAGAAUCAAACAGUCCAUCUCUAAUACCUUUGGAGUCAUUGAGUUCCUGUCCGGGCAAUAAGCUUUUAAAUGGUGAUAAAAGGAAGUCACUGAAAAUCGGGUAAUCCCUUGGAGUAAUCCCUUAUUUUCACUGGGAAAGUUACAAGUGUGUUUGAAAAACGCGUGCGCGGUUUGAAAUCGCCUCGCCGAUGAUCGGCCGUGUCCCACGCGCGCUUGCGUAAGUCCCGCGCUCUACUAUUGCAGAGAUGAAUAAGACGCUUUUCGUAGUUUUCAGUCCAUUCAUACUGUCCUUUCAUCCAGUGAUCAAUAUAUUUCAUUGACAGUACAAAGAAAUGAUUGGCUAAAAAGCUAGUAAGUCCCAACUGCCUCCAACUGCCCUUCUAGAAGUGGUACAAGUACAUCCAAAGAUGUGCCAACUGAAAACCACUAGAAAAUUCAAAGCCGAAUGAUGACUAUGGCGAGGCCUCUCACUGAAGACGGAACUGGGUACCCCGAGAGGAGUUUGGAAAGUUUGGGUUUUCAGAAAGACGUUUGUUUGAUUUCGAGUCCAAAUUUCUCAUUAUCUCAGCACUACAAUAUUAGUUGUAAUUUUUCGAUUUUAUUUGACGAAAUGCGUUUUCGUGGAAUUGAAAGAAAAAUGGCACCGUCAGUUUGAAAAACCAGCAGUUAGGUUGACUUCUGCAAAAACAGGAAAUUGUUUGUAUCAGAAGACACUCACCAAAUUACACCAUCUGCAACUUGUGAAUUGUGGCGAACUGCAACUGACAACCGUACGACUUAGCGACGAUGUAAAUAAUUGUUUACAAAACCUAGUUUAUUACCCUACAGUAAAUAGGCGUCGGUUCAUUAUUAUUAUUUUUUAUUUCAGGGAGUUUCACAAGUUCGUACCAAAGACACGCCAUUCCGUAAAAAUGCUGCAUUCAGCACACCAAUCGACGAAUACAAGGAUGCGCCCAAACCAGGGGAACAAUGGAAGUUUUAAACAAAGUUUUGUACAUACCAUGAACGAACGUACUUAAUUGUAUUUAUUACGAAUUUGUGUAAAUAUUUUUUUUUACUUUUACUUCCUUACUUCAGCAUGUGAUUUAUUAUGACAACGCGGACUUAGUUCAUGUUCUAAGAAAUAAGAAUAAGUACUUCUAUUUGCAAAAUGACUUCCAAACUAAAUUAAAGCAAAUUUCAGUGGAAAAGAUAGAAAACGCUGCAUCUGGGGGAUUUGCUUUCUUGGGUGUAUAGGUGUAGAUUAGACUUUCUAAAGCUAAAAAGUCCUUUAAAAUUAUUUUUCCUGGUUGGUUAUUAAGAACUUAUGAGAGGUCAAAUUGUAGCAAGUCUAGGUGUAGAGGGUCCACAAUAGGUUUGGCGGGAUGCGGGAUUUGGCUAUUUUUCGUGGUGAUAUUCGGGAUAGGAGCUGAAAACAGAAGCGGGAUGCGGGAAUUCUAAUAACCAGCGGGAGCGGUAUUUCCUAUUUUAAUGGGGAUGGGAUUCGGGAAUCAUAAGGAAAAAAUAGCGGGAUACGGGAAUUAAGUUUUGUCUUGACUAACAAUUUAUUAGCGUUGACUGAAAAAGAAAAUGGUUCUUUAGUGUUGAUACCGCCUUUGUAGUCAAGCUAUGAGUGUCAAAGGAAGUGAAGCCUGUCAAAUUUUGCCCAUUAUCACUUGUUUGUGUUGUUCGUCUUUUCCGAUUUUACUAUUUUCGUCGUUUUCGUCACUCGGAAAGAGGUAUCAAAUCACUGGGGUUAGAAGUCACGUUAAGCGUUCGUUAAGAUCCUGUACUCAUUCCUGUUUUGUCGACGGAUUUGACCUUUUCUGCUUUUGCCUGGACAGACCUGUCGGACCUGGAACAGAGCGUUUGUUAUUAAAGUAAGUCUGGCCACAGUAUGGCCACACCAGAGCUGAUAGAAGUGGACAAUGUGGUAGACAUCAUAAAUUGUGUGGCUUUUUACUACGAAAAAGGUGCCAGUGGGAAUGUGUUUCUUCGGAAAGAAAAAUUUAGAGCUCCCGUGUCAAGGCAAGUGAAGACCUUGAAAGUCUUAAAAGAAACAGUCAGGUGAGUCGACCAGAGUUUACUGCUAUCUGCAGUUCGUCAAAGAACCGUGCGACAAGAAACGACCAUGGCUAGGGCUGGAACGCUCCCCGAUUUCUUGUACGAGGAAGACAUUGUGCCAGGGGAAAGCGUUGACCUAACAGGAGAUGUCGGCCUUCCUGACGAAUAUGAUACAAGCGGCAGUGCGGAAGAAGAAGAAGCCGAAGACCAAGUAGGAGAAGGAUCUGUAAGGGUCGCCACUUUGGAUGGUGAAGCAAACUUCCUGCUUGGAAGGGUUUCCGCAUUUGGCCGUGCUGUUAGAUUUAAUAGCAGCUUUAUGUUUCCUUAAAAGAGACCAGUGUGUUUUUAUUCAUUUUCCAUGUCCUACACUCUAUGUAAGCAAUUGUCAGACUUGGCUUCAUCGCCUGAUGGAAACUAGCAGCAAAGCAGUCGAAUCUUCGUAAGACAGACAGAUAACAUCAAUCUACCUUACUCAAAAAAAUACAGGACUUAAAGUAUCGAAGUAAACAUGUACCGAUGAGAGGACGAAAAAAUGAGCAAACAGAAAAUACAGUUAUGGUCGCUAAUUGUGAUGUUGAGAACCUUGACCAUCAAAACUGACAAUUGUUAGAAGGUAAGUCUUAUAUAACUUCUAUUUCAGUGAUCAAGCAAAAAAUCUCGUAAACAAAAUGGGACGGGAUCGGGAUUCGGGCGUAAAAUGGGGCGGGAUGGCGGGAUUGAGAAGAAAAAAUGGCGGGAAAGCGGGAUUUGAGAACCCCUAUUGUGGACUCUCGGUGUAGAUCUGUAGAUUCGAAAGGGUUUUUAUGUAAAAAUCAAAUAAAAGAAAAUGGC